AUGUCUUCGGCCACGGUGAUUGAGCGCCGAAACAAACAGAUUCAAGAUGCUGUAGAAGGAGGGAACUUGAAGCAGGCGCUCCAACUGUGCGAAAAGCGGUUGAAAAAGGGAGAAAAUACGCCCUUUCUGAAGGCGUGGAAAGCCAACAUCCUCUUCCACCAUGCAGACGAGGGGCAUCGACGGCGAGGAAUCACGGAGGCGCUCGAGUUAUGCAAUUCUACACCUGCGAUCGCCGAUAUUGAAGCUCUGGAUAUGAUCCAAAACACUUUGGUUAGCUUCGACGAGUAUACCGAGACGUUGCGCGCUCUCUGGCAGAAUGCAGCCAAAGCCAAACCGCAGGACGAGGAUAUCCAAUUGAGGUGGUUUACACUCGCGUCAGAAGCAAAUGACUGGAAAACCGCUCAAAAGGCGGCGAUGAAUCUGCAGAUAAAUUUCCCACGAGCUAGGAAGUACUAUUUUUGGGCUAUUUUCAUGUGCUAUCUCAUUUCCGCCGAUCCUACUAGCUCCCCAGCGGAUAAGAGUCUUUUUGGGACCCUGGCAUAUCGCAUGAUAUCCAAGGCUGCAGACAGUGUGCCCGCCGAUCCGAAAGAGUUACUGAGCCCAGGUAGAGCGAUUCAAACCGCCGAAGAGCUGUUUCUGCUCAUUAAGAUAUUCGAUCAACAAGGCCGGUUCGGUGAUAUAAUCAAGCUAUUGAACAGUCAACAUCUGGGCGUCAAGUCCCGCAUCGCUCAGAAUGAUUGGUCCUUUGUGACGAAAAAGUUAGCAACUCUUGAAAAGGCUGGCCUGUGGGAGCAAGCUUUGUCUUAUGCGGAGGAAUUACUCACGCUGCCCAAUGAGUUGGAAAAGGGAGAGAAAAUUCCUGCAAGCUACGAAGAGAAGGAUGAUUGGCAGGUAAAAACUUUCAUCGCGUGUUAUAUUACAAGACAGCCAAAGUCACGAAACGCCAAACUGGCGCAUCUAGAUCUCGUCUGCCGCGAGGUCACAACGAGCAAGCGAUUAUCGACAGCCGAUUUACUUGCCGAAUGUAUAACAUAUUUCAAAGACAACAAGGCUAAGCUACACUGCUUUCAUGACCUGCGAAGGUGUCUAAAUAUCUUGGACGAACCUCUACUGCAGAAGUUCCAUGCACAUGUCCAGAAUACUUUUACAGAAGGCUUUUGUGGCGUUGAAGCAAAGUCGAAUGAUCCAUUUGGAAGCGUUCCUAUCAUCAAUUUUAUGAAACUUGAGUACUGUUUUCAGCUUGCUAUAAACUCCGGCGAGGAGGCAAUUUCACAUGCAGAGGACUUUGCACGGCGCUGUCUUCAGCUGUUCCAGUCAUCCAGGCAGGCUGAUCUGGAGGAAGAAUCUCCUUCCACAAUCGAAACGCAACCAAGUGAUGAUUUUUGCCUGUUGGCAGCCAUGAGCUUGAUGCGUGUACACAAAGAAACCCGGCAUCUUCAACCAUAUCCGUCCUCUGUGUUAGUACAGGCCGCUGGGAUCUUGGAGCAUCUUCUUCUCAAAUCCCCGCACAAUUAUGAAGCUCUUCUUCUCCUAGUUCGUGUAUAUCUGCUUCUAGGUGCUGGCUCGUUGGCACUGAAGACGUUCGCCCAACUCUCCGUGAAACAAAUUCAAUACGAAACAGUUGCCCAUAAUCUGUUUACUCGUAUUUCAACAGUACACCCGCAAUCUGCGCCUCCAUUUGCGGGUUUGGAGAGGAAGGACUUUGAGCCCCAAACAGCGCUCAGGCAAGCGUUGAUAUUCUACCGAAAUGGAGUGAACUCUACAACACAUGCCAGGUCCGCUGGUCUUGACAAUGGUAGCUAUGUGAACGUUGAAGGUAGUAUUGAUCUACAGAAGAACCUGAAGGAUAGCGUCUGCCGAAAAAUGUGGGCUUUGGAGUUACGAAAAAUUCAACGUCUAGUAGGUGGACCUUCAGUGAAGCAGUAUGAUCAAUUGGUGUUCAAGAUGGACGCUGUCAUCGAUAAGCGCUCUUUUGAUGGAUUCAUGAAUUGUGAACUCCCCGAUAGCCCGGCUUUUGAGGAACAGGUUCGACUCGGACCUCUGCCAAAGGAACGUGCCGUAAAGGCUCUAGCAGUAACGGAUGUGUUGCUCAGCUAUCUAUACACCGAUCCGUCCUUGAGGGAAAACCUAAUGGAGCAAAUCAACAAAUUUGCCGGUCUAGACCUUGAGCUCCCUAUAACCGAGUUGACAUCCAUGGAAAUCGAGAGUAUCAAAAUUCACCAUCUCUUGAUAAAGCUCAUCUCUACACUGAACCGAAUGCAAGCAGCGUCGGAUGUGGGCUCGAUCGAUGCUAUCUUUUCUCAAAUCGAAUCUUGGCUGAACGACAAGAUUGCGACCCUAACUGUAUCCAAUCCUGCGGAAGUUGCCGGCACAAUCAACCUUGCACCAAGCUCUUCCUCUACUGUAUCCCCCGCGCCCUCGUGGAUUUACCUACACUCCAACAUUUCCUUACUUGAAACGCUGAAAGCUAUUUGCCUUUUUGUUUCGGCUCAAGCAGCAGGAAAAUCAAAAUCGAAGCCGGCAAACAGCAUUUCUAAAGAAAAGCUUGAAUCUCUCAAAAUCCUAUCCAAGAAGCUUGCUGAAGUGGUAAAAGUAAACACGCGUCGCCUGAAGAGCCACAUUGCAGAGUCAGGAAUGCUUGGGCAGCUGGUUUCCCUUGCUACUACGGGACCGCGGGGAACUAGUGAGGGUAUAUCGGUAGAAAUUGCGAAAAUGAUUGAUACGUCGUCGUUGGAGUUGUUUUGCGGGUCGUUGAUGGAAAGCUGGGAUGAAGCACUAGAUGGAGUGGUGUUGAUAAGUUCGUCUAUUUGA